AUGAGGUCCACGAACGUCUUGCAUUUCCAGGAGACGCAGUCGGCUUUGUUGCGUCGCCCAUGGAAGACGUACAGAGAUGGUACGCUGUUUUACGGCAUGACAAAAACGGGAAACAAGAGGGUUCCUUUGACCACAAAGCAAGGCAACAAAAACUUCUAUAAGGGAACCAGAUCGUCGGGUAUCGGACGUCUGAACAAGUGGGGAACGUACAACAUCGACUACCAGCGUGUCCGUACUUUUGUGGCACCCUCUAACCUCGCCGACUUCAAUUUGAAGCCACUGGUGUCUUCGAACGCAGUCAUUCCAAAGAACACGUUUGAUGGCUAUUCGAGCGUUACAGACGGGAAGUUCUUGUUUGACAAAGUGAAAGAGUAUAUUGAGACCGGUGAGGUGAAACAUCCGCGCACAGAGGACUAUAUAGAGAGAGCGUAA